AUGAGCUCUCGAGCGGCUUCAGCGGCGUCCUCUCGUCGUGUCAAGCAAGAACUGGUUCGACUACUGUUUGGGAAAAGCAAUAAGGAAUCGACCAUAAUUCAAGCCACAACAACUGCCAAUAAGAAACCACUAGACCAUACUUCCUUCUCUUAUUCCGACCUUCGAACUGCCUAUUUGCAGCGCUUACAGACCCUCCACCCCGACAAGGACUAUUCCAAAAGGGAGACAGAUCCCCACCACCAUUCCAGGCGGCACCACGAAUUUGUGCAGCUCCAACAAGCAUGGGAUCGAUACGACCAAAUGGCCAAGGUUGUGGCCAACAACAUCGAUGCAGACUCCAGUUUUACCUUGUUUGGCGUGGGAUGCAGCUUUGCAGACAAUGAGCGGGAACGAGAAUGGAGAAAUGAAAUCACCGAUCAAGCUUGUCGUGGGUGGUUCUCGUCGGGGUCCUUGGCGGAAGAAGCCACGAGCGACGGAGACGAUAAGAAUAAGUACAUGAAAGGAACAUCCCAGCACAUUUCUCUGCUCAAUGACGAGGAUGACAUGUUUAUCGCGGUGCCAGAAGAAACAGACAAAGACCACAAACAGCAACCAAAAGAAGACAACAUAAGACCACGGCGUUCCCUGGUGGACACAAAGUUUCGGCCAAGGUCCGCCGGGGGGUGA